GCUCGGCCGCCCCCUCCCCCCGCUCCGCCCGCUCAGAGCAUGAUGGCAGCGGCGUCCGAGGUAGCUGGUGUGGUGUCCAAUGCCCCCAAUCCUCCAGAAUCCUCUCCUAGUUUAUGUGCUUCCAAAUCAGACGAAGGUCUCCCAGAUGGUCUAAGCCCCAAAGACCCUGCACAGAAGCACAAGAACUCGCCUCUGUCGAGUGUAAGUAGCCAAACGAUAACCAAGGAGAAUAACAGAAAUGUCCAUUUGGAACACCCAGAGCAGAAUCCUGGUUCAUCAGCAGGUGACACUUCAGCAGCGCACCAGGCGGUUUUAGGAGAAAACUUGCUAGCCACAGCCCUUUGUCUUUCUGGCGGUGGGUCUCAGUCUGAUUUGAAGGACGUGGCCAACACAGCAGGAGAGGAGGGGGACACAUGCCUCCGGGAGAGCCUCCAUCCCGUCACUCGGUCUCUUAAGGCAGGGUGCCAUACAAAGCAGCUUGCCUCCGGGAAUUGUUCUGAAGAGAAAUCCCCACCAGCCUCCAUCCUAAAGGAAGGUAGCAGGGCCACAGGCUUGGAUUUCCGACCUGUGGUGCCUCCAGCAAAUGGGGUUGAAGGAGUCAGAGUGGAUCAGGAUGAUGAUCAGGAUAGCUCUUCCCUGAAGCUUUCUCAAAACAUUGCUGUACAGACUGACUUUAAGACGGCCGAUUCAGAGGUAAACACAGAUCAAGAUAUUGAAAAGAAUCUGGACAAAAUGAUGACGGAGAGAACCCUGUUGAAGGAGCGUUACCAGGAGGUCCUGGACAAGCAGAGGCAAGUGGAGAAUCAGCUCCAAGUGCAAUUAAAGCAGCUCCAGCAAAGGAGAGAAGAAGAAAUGAAGAACCACCAGGAGAUACUAAAAGCUAUCCAGGAUGUAACAAUAAAGCGAGAAGAAACAAAGAAGAAGAUAGAGAAAGAAAAGAAGGAGUUUUUGCAGAAGGAGCAGGAUCUGAAAGCUGAAAUCGAGAAGCUUUGUGAGAAGGGCAGAAGAGAAGUGUGGGAAAUGGAACUGGAUAGACUCAAGAAUCAGGAUGGUGAAAUAAAUCGGAACAUUAUGGAAGAGACAGAACGGGCCUGGAAGGCAGAGAUCUUAUCACUAGAGAGUCGGAAAGAGUUGCUGGUAUUGAAACUAGAAGAAGCAGAAAAAGAGGCAGAACUGCACCUUACUUACCUCAAGUCAACCCCCCCAACACUAGAGACAGUUCGUUCCAAACAGGAGUGGGAGACAAGGCUGAAUGGAGUUCGGAUGAUGAAAAAGAAUGUUCGGGACCAGUUUAACAGUCAUAUCCAGUUGGUGAGGAACGGAGCCAAGCUAAGCAGCCUUCCUCAAAUCCCUACUCCCACUUUGCCUCCACCCCCAUCAGAGACAGACUUCAUGCUUCAGGUGUUUCAGCCAAAUCCCUCUCUGCCUCCUCGGAUGCCCUUCUCCAUUGGGCAGGUCACAGUGCCCAUGGUUAUGCCCAGCGCAGAUCCCCGCUCCUUGUCUUUCCCAAUCCUAAACCCUGCCCUUUCCCAGCCCAGCCAGCCUUCCCCGCCCCUUCCUGGCUCCCAUGGGAGAAACAGCCCUGGCUUGGGUUCCCUCGUUGGCCCCCACGGUCCACACAUGCCCCCUGCUGCCUCCAUCCCGCCUCCCCCAGGCUUGGGCGGUGUUAAGGCUUCUGCUGAAACUCCCCGGCCCCAACCAGUAGACAAACUGGAGAAGAUCCUGGAGAAGCUACUGACUCGCUUCCCACAAUGCAAUAAGGCCCAGAUGACCAACAUUCUUCAGCAAAUCAAGACCGCACGGACCACCAUGGCAGGCCUGACCAUGGAGGAACUGAUGCAGUUGGUAGCGGCCCGCCUGGCCGAACACGAACGGGUGGCAGCCAGUACCCAGCCACUCGGUCGGAUCCGGGCCUUGUUCCCUGCUCCGCUGACCCAAAUCAGUACCCCAAUGUUCUUGCCUUCUGCCCAAGUUUCGUAUCCUGGAAGGUCUUCACACGCCCCAGCCACCUGUAAGCUGUGUCUCAUGUGCCAGAAGCUUGUCCAGCCCAGUGAGCUGCAUCCAAUGGCAUGCACCCAUGUGCUGCACAAGGAGUGUAUCAAAUUCUGGGCCCAGACCAACACAAAUGACACUUGUCCCUUUUGUCCAACUCUUAAAUGACGGACCUGACUGGGGAGGAAGAAGAGGAGAAACUGAUGUGAACAGGAAGCGCGGGUUCAAGAUUUCUAAAACUCUAUAUUUAUACAGUGACCUAUACUCAUGCCAUGUACAUUUUUAUUAUAUAGGUAAUGUGUGUAUAGAAAGUCUGUAUCCAAAUGUUCGUAAAUGAAAGUAUGUAUAUUAUGCAGAAAUGGUCUCUCCCCCUCACCUUGCAAUUCCUUCGGGGGAUGCAGAUUGUAGGUAAGAUGAUGUUUAGUUUGCCCUUGAAAUUAAUGAUAUCCUUGCCUGGGGCUGUUUUCAAGUACAAUAUAAAAACCAUCUAGGAAGCUGCUGUUACCCUAAGGCCAUCCUGCUUUGAUUUGGCUCAGCCUCUAGUUCAUUUUCUUAAGGCUCAUGUAUGCAGAUUUGAACCCUGGUGCUCACCUGCUGUCCAACCAGAUGCCUUGCUUACUGAAAGCCUACGGAAGCCUCAGUGUUGUUCUAGCCACUCGACUCCAAAUGGAUAAAAUGAGACUGAUUGAGGAAAAAAAAAUGUAACCCUAGUAGUUUGAAUUUUCAUUGAAUAUUUUACUGUGUUAACGCUCAUUAUUUGCACAUAGACAUUAGGUUUACAGAAUAGUCUGUUUUACAUCAGCAAAAUUCACAGUCCAAGAAUACCAACAUAAUUGGGUCCCAUUUCUCCCAUGCCCCCCGAAAGCUUCUGUCCAUCUGACUUCCUGGAUAGUCCUCUGUUUAGAAACUAGCACAGCCCACAGAUCUUUCCUGGGCCAAGCCAUCCCUUGCUACCACUGACUUGGCUUCUGAUCAAGCUCUGACAGACCAACCUUGUGAAGGCCUCACCUCUUCCCCUUCACUUCUGGUCUCCUGGUCAGUUAGUCCCCCUCCCCACUGAAGGUUAAGGCAGUUGGUUCACAACCAAGUUGUUUGGUGACCUUGGGUGAGCUCUAGGCAGGCACUGGUGUGAGGAGAUGUCUGUGCAAAAUUACUUGCAGAAUGAUGUUGGGAUGCUGGAUUUUAAUUUUUGAAGCAAGAAAAUUAUGGGGGACAUGUUUCCUAUCCUCGGAGAAAUGGAGGCCAAAGUGACAUGAAGGGGGGUUGGAGUUUAAGUUUAGAAGUCAUUUGUUCUAUAUAGGUAGCUGUCUAGAACGAGAUCACUUUCCCACCUCUGCUUAUUGAGCACUUCUGGUGUUUAGGAUUAUACCUGUGAAAGCUGUGAAUCUUUGAGAGCUUUGACUCUUUUCUUAUCCUUUUAUCUUUACUCCUACAGGAAAUGGCUUCAGCUUCCUUUUCUUUUGUAUUAAACAAGGAAAAACUAAGUGUUAGUUAAAAAAAAACAAAACAAAACACUAGCUCCAGGGAAAGGACAUUGUAUUACCAACAGCUGAAUUGUUCCCGUUCUGGGACCUGGAAAUGCUUCCUGGCACUGGCAGCACUAUCCGGGUAGCAAAGACUUUCCCUUUCAGACCAAGUUACAUUCCCUGCUCUCUGCUCUUGAUCUUUUCCUUCUUUGUCCUUCGUCUUUGCCUAUCAGCCUCUUAGACGUAGUCCUUCCCUUCUUUUGCCUCACUUGUUCAGCCUGUCGACUAGCAUCAUUUUCAGGAGCUGGACUUCCCAGGACCUCCUUGACAUCUUGUAGGGUGAUUGAAAUGGCCUGAGUUCUCCCCUCUGUAGAGGUCAGGUGACUCACUUUCUUUGGUUAAUGAAAUAUUAAUGUCUCCAGUUUGGUAGCUAUCCUGAACGGAAAUGUGGCAAAAUGGAAGACCAGUUCCUUUGUUCUUUUCAUUUGGGGGAUUCAUUUUUUUUCUCUUGCAAUCAGAAGAUUUUCUCUCUCAUCAACUUUGCAGUAGCCUUUAGGCCACUAGCAAUAUUUUUCAGUAUUACCUAAAAAUCUAGAAAUUAGGAAUGGAUAUAAAGACUAUUCUCUUUUCCACAGAUCUUUGAAGCCAGAGGAACAUAGAAGAAAGGAAGAAGUGGGAGGGGGGCUUAUCUGCUUCCUAGUAAAAGCCCCUUGAAAGCCAACUAUAGUAGGAAGACAAAUGUUUGGGGGAGCUGUGUGCGAGAGUUGGGGCCUCUGUGUUGCUCUUUUCUCUGUCUUGUUCGGGAUCAAUCAGAAAGCAACAUUUAAGUUUUGGCCACCCUUGUUCUCCCUUCUCCCUCUGUCUCCUGGCCUGCAGGGGUAGAAGCCAUGCAGACUGGCGGGAAAGGCCUCUAAUGCAGUGAGUAGAGAUGGGACAGUCACUUUUCAGGAGUUGACUCUAAAAAUAGAGAUAGAUAAUACAUAUUUUUACAAGCAAGAAGCUGUUGUCAAGUUUUUGUUUUUUUUU